GCAACAACAAUAUGACUUACACAACAAAAGCAAACGAAGAAAUACGCAAACGAUUCGAUUUCCCAAAAGUAGAAUUACAUUUACAUUUGGAUGGUGCCAUAAGACAUCAAACUUUACUUGAUCUUUCGAUAGAAAAAAAGAUCGAUUUAAAAGGGGCUACGAAAGUUGAUGAAGUACGAGAUGUUGUUGUUACUCGUGAACCAUCCACAUUAUCCAAAAUGCUGGAACCAUUUGAUUUAUUUCUUCCUGUUCUUGCAGGUGAUAAGGAUGCUAUUGAACGAGUUGCAUAUGAGUUAUGCGAAGAUGAAGCACAAAAUGGUGUUAUCUAUUUUGAAGCACGAUAUUCACCACAUCUGUUAUGUAAUACAGUAAAAAAUACAGCUGCAAAUUCAAAAUAUGGAAUUUAUACUAAGAAAGGAAAACUGGAACCACGAGGUGUUAUUGAAGCAGUGAGACGAGGUUUUCGACGUGGUGAAGAGGAAUUCGGUGUAAAAGCACGCUCAAUUUUAUGUUGCAUACAUGGAUUUCAUGAUUGGAAUGAUGAAGUCCUUGAACUUGCAACAAAUUUAUCAAAUGAAGGAGUUGUUGGUAUUGAUAUAGCGGGAUGUUCAUUGGGAGCUGAUGAACAAUAUCCUCCAAGUGUAUCAAAACUUUUCCAGGAAGCAGCUAGACGAGGUAUCCAUCGUACCGUACAUGCCGGUGAAAGUAGCGGUUCAAAGGAAGUUGUCAAUGCAAUCGAAGAAAUGCAAACAGAACGAAUUGGUCAUGGUUAUCGAUUACUCCGUGAUGAAUGUGCAUAUAAAAAAUAUGCAAUUGAAAAACGAAUACAUUUUGAAGCAUGCCUUCUGUCAUCCGUUAUGACCGGUUCCGUACCAUUAUUAUGGUGUCAACAUCCGGUUAAACGAUUUGCAGCUGAUAAUAUUAAUUUUUCGCUGAGUACCGAUGAUCCAACAUGUUUUGAUAACAGCUUAUUAAGUGAAUAUCAACUUGCGCAUCAAGAAAUAGGCUUAACCAAAAAGCAACUUUGGAAAUGCAGUUUGAAUGCAGCUCGAUCAUGCUUUGCAGAGCAACCAUUAAAAAGUGAAAUCAUUGCGAUUGUGGAGAAAGCUGAAAUAUAAAAAACGAUGAAACAUUUCAACUUAUUAAAAUCCAAUUCAAUCCAAUUUUAAAAAUCCAUAUUUUGUAAUAAGGAAUAACGGCCUUUUUUUUUCCAUAUCAUCAUCUGCUAUUUGCAGUUAAAUUUCAGAUCAAAUAUUUUAAAAUGCAUGCUAAAAUAAGUAAUUUAAUUCAAAUAACAAUAAUAAGUCUUUUAAAAGUG